AAGGGAGUCAGAGGCACGCACACACAGGGCUGGGGAAGUUAGAGAGGGAGGCAGGGAAGGAUCUGCUGUUGACAGCGAGAGAAAGAGAGAGAGAGGGAGAGGGAGAGAGUUAGGAGUCAUCUAGUUGUAAGUGCAGGAGAAAACAAAAAAAAGAAAAGACGAAAAGGGAGCACUUGGUUUCUUUUCGUCGGGCCUCUUUCUUGGGGAGAGGGCUUCUGGAUGGAGAAGUUCCCGGGAGAAGGGGAAAUGGAGAGGCGAGAAAGAGUGGAUCAGCUCACAGAUGCAGAGAGAGUGAUGAUCCAGCACACCUGGAGCAAGGUGUACCAUCAGCGUGAGGAUGUGGGAGUCUCCAUACUCAUCAGGUUCUUUGUGAACUUCCCCUCAGCCAAGCAGUACUUCAGCCAGUUCGUGCAUAUGGAGGAUCCCGAGGAGAUGGAGCGCAGCGCGCAGCUGCGGAAACACGCCAGCCGCGUCAUGAACGCCAUCAACAGCGUGGUGGAGAACAUCUCCAACCCCGACAAGGUCUCCUCCAUCCUGGGGCUGGUGGGCAAGGCACACGCCCUCAAGUACAAGGUGGAGCCCAUGUACUUUAAAAUUCUCAGCGGGGUGCUGCUGGAGGUGCUGGGGGAGGAUUACUCGGACUGCUUCACUCCGGAUGUCCAGAGAGCCUGGACCAAGCUGAUGGGCCUCGUCUACUGGCACAUGACGGCCGCCUACAUCGAGGAGGGCUGGGUGCAGCUGUCUAGCUCCGCAGUGUGAGGGACCCGGCCUCUGAGCCCGGACGAGGCCAAUGAGAGACUGGGAGCUAUGGGAACUAUGCCAGACCUUACUGGUGUGAGACUGUGGGAGUGGUUACAUCCCUCCUUCCCCAGGAGUGUUUAAUCAAAACGUUAGCUUACUGCAUCAUCAUCGUCAUCAUCGUCAUCAUCAUCAUCUUCGUCAUCAUCAUCAUCAUCAUCAUCAUCGUCUUCAUAAGUGUAGAAGCAUGAUUUGUUUGGAGAUGCUUUACAUUGCAAAUCUAGAUUCACUCUUAACACUCCCACAAUAUAUAUAUAUAUAUAUAUA